AUGCUGCCCACCUUCUCCUCCUGGUCGAUGGAGCACAUCAAGCGCGUCUUCGAGGCCAAGUCCGAGCUCGACUGCCUCCACGCGCUCGACGACACCUUCUCCCAACGGCUCGAGUUCACCUUUAACGGCGCGCCCCUCCCCCGCGUCGGCCUCCAGAAGCUCGUCCUUGGCAUGGUCCAGACCGCCGGCUUCGACCUCCAUGUCGACUGGAAGAACGCGGUCGAGGUCCCGCGCGACGGUGCGAAUCGGGACGGGAUGCUCGGCGGGUACUACGUCAUCUACAACGUGCGCAAGCCGCUCCCCGGCUCGACGCAGCUCGCCCUCUUCGAGCGCCACAAGUCCGUGAACGUCGAGAUCGAAUCUGAGUCCGCGGACCCGAGCGUCGACAGCCGGCGAAUCGUCAAGCUCGCGAUCGUCGCGAGAGACGUGCAGGUCUCGCCCGCGCUUUCGCCGUGA